CCAUUGAUGUGCUGGAAUUCGCCAUAGAUAUAAGGCUGUGUGAAUGCAUCUAUCUCGGCCUUCCAUUGUUGUACAAAGGUCUCGUGGCUUUGAGUAUUAAAUAUUGUUCAUACGUGUGUUACGCUCUCUCCCCAUCAAUUUGUCUGUUAUCGACCAUGUCGCUGCAGCAAGGGGCUGAAACUCCGAGGCAAACGAUUAAUGAUGUCCUCGCAGCAGCGGGUAACACGGCGGUUUUAACUCUCAGAGGUAUCAAUGCUACGGCUGAUUGGUGUCCACCCCUAAAGAAUGCGACUGGUGCUGCACUCUUCAUUUUUGAUGAGGCCCAAAAGUUCAAGGAGAACGCAAAGGCAUGGACUGGUUUCGGUGAACACGUAAGGAGCACCAUGACCAAGGUAUCUUCGGCCAUAAAGUCCGAUGAUGUGUCAGCGGAAGAGGAAAAGCCAUGGGUAGAAAGUGUCACAGAACUUGAAGGCGCGCUACAGAAGAUCAAGUCCGAAAUUGAAAGACGGGGAGAAGUAGAGAAACGAUCGACUAUUAGAAAGGCAUUCUCCUACUUGAAAGACCCCGGGAGGAUCGACGACCUAAAGAAAGAUUUUGACAAAGCAAUUUCAUCGUUUCAGGUAGCUUUCCUUACAGUAUCGUUCCAUAGCCAUUCUGAUUUUCGGCCGAUUCAGCUUACGACGAACUUGAUAGUUGGCAACAAGUUAGCGGCCGUAGAACGUCGUCUACACGAUGACAAAAUUCUUGAUAGUCUCCGAGAUCCUUCUACCACCCGUGGUAGUUCCGCCCAGGCAUGCCUAGAAGGCACUCGAGUUGAUCUCACUGAGCAGAUCAUGACAUGGUGUCGCAACACUGGGGAUAGCGAGAACCGGCUAAUGCUGUUGACUGCUGUGGCAGGCGCUGGCAAGACUUCAAUUGCGCUCACGAUAGCAGAACGAUGUAAAAGGGACGUUACCCUGUUACUGCACUUCUUCUUCAAAGCGGGCGAGCGGUCCCGGCCCGAUUUUCUAUUCCACAGCAUAGCGCUAUCUCUAGCCGACCACGAUCCGGUUUACCGCACUUCCAUUGUCGAUGCUCUCCAAAAAGAGCCUUUCCUCUCCACUGCCCCUCUCGCGAAGCAAUUUGAGAAAUUAGUGGCUUUCCCUCUCCUUCACAUAUCUCCGCCUCCUGGUCAUCCUAUGGUGGUCAUCAUUGAUGCUUUAGACGAAUGUGACGAAGAAGCAUAUCAACCCCUUGCUAAGAUUCUCUGCGAGGAAGUACCCAAGCUACCACCCUCCAUAAAAUUUUUUGUUACAUCGAGACACGUUGAUCUUGUCAAUCGCUCCCUCUCACGUCAUUUUCCUAUCAAUCAUCUCACCAUUAAUCUCACGGAUGACACAAAUGUGCAGGACUGCGCUGCAUACAUCCGUUCGCAGCUACGAGAGCUUAAGAAUUGGCAUCCCGAUUUAGCACAUAGACUCCAGGACGAGGAUAAAACAGUACAGGAGAUCUCGAAACGAGCAGGUGGCCUGUUUAUUUGGACCAGCACAAUCUUUCGCUACAUGAAGAAUCUCAAGAAGGAUCCUAUGAGGACACUAGAAAGCCUGCUCGACACCGGCACCAAAAGACCCAAGGGCCCCACUGACGAGAUGAUGGAUGACCUGUAUACGAGUAUUUUGCAGAAGUGUGAUUGGGACGAAGAUUUUGCGCACGAUUACUCAAUCGUGAUGGGAGCAAUCUUUGUUGCUCAGCAGCCUCUGUCCAUCACAGCCUGGGACGCAAUUUUGUCGCCUUUCCUCAAGUCUUCUGUUCGAUAUGUGUUGGCUGAACUUGCACCUCUCCUCUCAGGAGUUGAGGAUCAUUGCAUUCCGGUUUGCAUCCUACACCAAUCAUUCCGCGAUUUUAUUGUCGAUCGGAUUGAUCCUAAAACAAUCAGCUCUCGUUGCACCCCUGUAGCCGUGGGGGUGGAGAAUACCAAGGUUGCCCUACGAUGUACCGAAAUUUUGAGCCAGGAUCUCUGCUCUGUAAAGGGCUUAGGACUGAUCGAAAACUUAUCCGAACAAGAUGAAAUGCCGCGCAUUCCUCCAGAGUUAUCUGAGCACUUUCAUUACGCAUGUCGCCACAUUGUUCAUCACCUCAGUCGGGUCCAGGAACCAUCACAGGAGCUUGCUGUGUCAGUUGGUAUGUUUCUGAGCCAGGAAGCAACUCGGUGGGUGGAAGUCUGUGUGAGAACGGAAAGCUACUUGGCUGUUGACCACAGGGCUGUUAGCAUACUGGCUAAUGUGCUUACUCAGCUUCCAUGGAACCUGGAAUAUUUCUUAAGAUUCCAGGAGGCAUAUGAGGCAGCAAAUGAUUCUGUUGUACUCUGCCGUUACCUUUUUUCUGUGGACUCAAGUUCCUACACCCCGCAUUUGGCCAGGUCACUUGACGGUCUAUAUAAUACCCUUUACCAACUCGGACAGCACUCGGAGGCACUCCCAUUUAUUGAAGAAAGUGCCAAACUCUGCCGCCAGCUAGUUGCCGUCCACCCAGGAUCAUACACCCCGCAUUUGGCCAGGUCACUCAAGAAGUUAUGUAAAGCUCUUUCCAAUCUCGGACGGCACUCGGAGGCGCUCCCAUUUAUCGAAGAAAGCGUCGAACUCUACCGCCAUCUAGUUGCUGUUCACCCAGAAUCAUACUCCCCAGAUUUAGCCAUGUCACUCAAUAAUCUAUACAAUUCCCUUUCAGAUCUUGGACGGCACGAGGAGGCGCUCCUAUUCAUCAAAGGUGUUAAACUCUGGCGCCAGCUAGUCGCUGUUCACCCAGGAUCAUACACCCUGGAAUUGGCCAUGUCACUUGACAAUCUAUAUGAUGCUCUUUACAAUCUCGGACGGCAUGAGGAGGCACUCUCAUUCAUUGAAGGAAGCGUCAAGCUCUACCGCCAGCUAGUUGCCAUUCACCUUGCAUACACCCCGGGUUUGGCCAUGACACUCCACAAUCUAUAUAAUGCUCUUUACAAUCUCGGGCGGCACGAGGAGGCGCUCUCAUUCAUUGAAGAAAGCGUCAAACUCCACCGCCAGUUAGUUGCUGUUCACCCUGGAUUAUACACCCUAGAUUUGGCCAGGCUACUCAACAAUCUACGUAAUGCUCUUUCCAAACUCGGACGGCACGAGGAGGCGCUCCCAUUCAUCGAAGAAAGUGUCAAAAUCCUGCGCCAGCGAGAUGCUGUUUCAUACACCCCAGAUUUGGCCAUGUUAUUCGACAAUCUAUAUAAUGCUCUUUCCAAACUCGGACAGCACUCGGAGGCACUCCCAUUCAUCAAAGAAAGCCUGCGCCGGCUAGUUGCCGUUUCAUACACCCCGGAUUUGGCUAUGUCACUCAACAAUCUAUACGAUGCUCUUUCGGAUCUCGGACGACACUCGGAGGCCCUUCCAUUCAUCGAAGAAAGUGUCAAACUCCAGCGCCAGUUGGUUGCCGUUAACCCAGGAUCAUACACCCCGCAUUUGGCUAUGUCACUCAACGAUCUAUACGAUGCUCUUUCGGAUCUCGGACGACACUCGGAGGCGCUCCCAUUCAUCGAAGAAAGCGUCAAACUCCAGCGCCAGUUGGUUGCCGUUAACCCGGGAUCAUACACCCCGCAUUUGGCUGUGUCACUCAACCAUCUAUACACUGCUCUUUUGGAUCUCGGACGACACUCGGAGGCCCUUCCAUUCAUUGAAGAAAGUGUCAAACUCUAUCGCCAGUUGGUUGCCGUUGACCCAGGAUCAUACACCCCGGGUUUGACUGGGUCACUCAACAGUCUACGUAAUGCUCUUUUGGAUCUCGGUCGUCAUUCCGACGCACAAAUGGUCCCCAUUUGAGCGUGUUGUCCUCGUCAUUGCACUCUCCAUAUUGCUGCCUUCACAUGGUGAGCAAGCUUGAAUUGGAUACUCAGCUCGAGAACACCCAACCUCACUUUUUUGAUUGCAAACUAUUGAUAAAAUAUUUACAGAGUUUCCUCUCCGCUACACCCAUCACGAAUUUCAGUCGCAUCAUGAUCUUACAAUUUUACUAUCAAGAACACACAUCUCUUCCUCUAACACAUUUUUUC